AUGGGCUUCAACAAAGAGACCCACCCCUACUUAUCACUACCAGAUACUCCGUCCAUUGAAUGGAGCAUGUUUUACCUAGAUGGCACCCUAAUCCAAGAAGCCGAAUUCUGCCCACGAGAAAUCACAAACUGGGUAAACGUCUUCCUAAGUCCACAGGACAUAACCUGCGACGACGAAUCACUCAUGCGCACUGUCGCGACGUGUAUUCGCACUGGCGUUGCUAUUAUCACUGUGCGCCCCAUGCACCACUCCCACCCGCUAUGUAUCUCGAUCAAGGUCCCCGGUGACUAUCACCCCAACAAGGCGUCUAUCCUUGCUGCUGCUGAGUUGCAGGCCGAUUGGUAUAGGCAGGAGAUUCGUUCAGGGAAAGUUCGUAUUGACAGGAAUUUGUUGUUCCGUGGAUCACCUGCUUGA